CUAACUUCAGCGUCCUCCAUGAAGAGGUUUCUAGGAAAUCAGCAGAAUGUAAACAGAAUUCAAGUGCUAGCUAGCUGUCGUUCACAUUGACAGUGAUAUUGGGUGCUGUCGCCGCUGAGUCACACACAGUCAUGGAUUCUCGGUAGUUUCCUGUUUUCCUGAGAUGAUAGUUUGACUCUGAGUCCUCGUUGAUCGUCUGUUGUCGUCUGAUCUGAUCCACGAUCCCUAUGCUGUCACCAUGACCAAAGACAUCGUUGUCGGAGAUGAAUUACCAGACUGGGUCGGGGCCAAGGAGUUCUACCAGAAGUAUGACCCCAAAGAGGUGAUUGGCAGGGGGGUGAGCAGCGUGGUGCGCAGGUGUGUUCACAGACACACCGGUCAGGAGCUGGCGGUGAAGAUCAUCGAGAUCACGGCGGAGAAGAUGACGGUGCAGCAGCUGGAGGAGGUGAAGACGUCCACGCUGAAGGAGAUCCAAGUGCUCAACAUGGUGAAGGGACACUCCUCCAUCAUCACUCUCAUUGAUUCCUAUGAGUCGGCCACCUUCAUAUUCUUGGUGUUUGACCUCAUGAGACGAGGAGAGCUGUUUGACUACCUCACAGAAAAAGUGACUUUAAGUGAGAAGGAAACCAGGAGCAUGAUGCGAGCUCUGCUAGAGGCCGUUCAGUACCUCCACUCCCUCAACAUCGUGCACCGAGAUCUGAAACCUGAGAACAUCCUUCUGGAUGAUCAGGGCCACAUCAAACUGUCUGACUUUGGUUUCUCAGUGCAGCUAGAACCUGAAGAGAAGCUCCGAGAGCUUUGUGGGACUCCUGGUUAUUUGGCACCUGAAAUACUGAAAUGCUCCAUGGAUGAGCUGCACCCAGGCUACGGCCAGGAGGUGGAUCUCUGGGCGUGUGGAGUCAUCCUCUUCACCUUACUGGCCGGCUCGCCGCCGUUCUGGCAUCGCAAACAGAUGCUGAUGCUGAGGAUGAUCAUGGAGGGGCGCUAUAAGUUCAGCUCCCCGGAGUGGGACGACCGGUCUGACACUGUGAAAGAUCUGAUAUCCAGGUUGUUGGUGGUGGACCCAGCUGUCCGUCUCACAGCAGAACAAGCCUUAGCACAUUCCUUCUUCAGACAGUACCAGAAGGAGGAUGUGAGGCACUUCAGUCCCCGGAAGACAUUUAGGGUGUUCAUCGUCACUGUGCUCGCCUGCAUCAGAAUGUACAGCCGCUACCGGAAGGCUCGGCCGCUGACCCGAGAGGUGCUGGCCAGAGAUCCUUACUCCCUUCGCGGCGUCCGCAAGCUGAUCGACGGCUGCGCCUUCCGCAUCUACGGACACUGGGUGAAGAAAGGGGAGCAGCAGAACCGAGCAGCUCUCUUCCAGAACACGGCUAAGAUCAUGCUGCUGGAGCUGGAGGACUUUGAAACAUAAAAGGUCGACCUCAUCCCUCAACGCUUUGAUUUUAUUAUUUAACCGUUCGCAUGUUGCCGUCGUUGUUUGUCUUGUCGAGUGACUGUUUAAUAAUUUUAAGGUGAGGAAUUCAGGGACUGUUUGUGUGCCUUGAUGUGCACCAUGACUCUGCAAGUUCAAGAUAAGCAAGUAUUCCUUAUCUGUGUUUCGAUCCAAGGCUGUGGCUGUCUGAAAGUCAUCCUGUCAGCUCAUCCUGUUUGCAGUGCACUUUGCAGUAGAGGACAUAUUGCACAACUUCAACGUAUGAGUACAUUAUGUAUAUUUAGGAUUUUACCUGUUCAUCGUCUGUUAUAACCAAGGAGAGGAGGCCUUUCUAAGUGGAAAACAAAGCACUGUGAUUAGUUAUUUAAUACUUACAUAGGCAUACUGUACUGAAGCUCAGAUUUAGCUUUUCCAGAGUUACAAAAUCUGCACUGAAGGCCAUGUGUGAAACAUUGUUGAGAUGUUGAGAAUCCUGUAGCUGUCAUGUAUGUAAACAUUCCUCCAAUAGGAAAGCCACUCGCACUAAGUGUGAAGACCAUUUAUGACUGUAUUCCUAACUUGAUUCCUGAGAAGAAGCACUUUUUGUGAUAGUGCCUGCUUGAGAAAUGCACAGUAAUUGUACAAAUGGAGACAUACAAUGUACUGUAUAAGCAGAAAACAAGGUUUUAUUGACAAUAAAAGCUCAUAUUUGGUUUGUCUUA